UGUACAGUCGAACCCCGCUAUAGUGAACACUCGGAUGUAGUGAACUUUUUUAGCGGUCCCGUCCGUAUUCCUAUUUAAAUAAUGUUAUUUUUAACGCUUAUAGUGAACAGCUUAGAACUUGGAAACUCGGUUAUAGUGGACUCAAAUUUCAUUUCUUUAAAUAUCUUUUUCAGUCCUCCAUCUUUAAACUUGUAGGUGUUGGGACUGAAAAUGAAUGCAUUCCUAUAAAAUGUGUCAUAUUACUCUCCUUUAUGCUUAUCACUUUUAACUAUACUGUAAUAAAUGUCAAACAGAUCAUUUAUCUUAUACUCCCCCCUCCCUGACAAGCCUCGCUUUAUCUCUUUUCCCCAAGCUUGCUCUACAACUAGUUAACUUGGCCACCUGCUGAAUUUUUGGAAUUUUCUUAUCUGUUCAAACCAUAUUCUUUACAAAUCACCCCUUGACAAUCAAGAAGGGGAACAAUUUAACUCAUUCUACAGCUGCUCUCUUCAUAUUCUUACAUUAUCUAUUUGAGACAAGAUUUUUAUUUCAAAAGCAGUGAAAAUGGCAAAUUCUCUAAAGAGAAAAGCGUUUUCGAUAGAAGACAAAGUUAAAAUUAUAAAGCGUAUUGAAGAUGGAACAAAUCAAUCGGCACUCUGUAAGGAAUUUUCUUUAUCAAAAUCUACAGUUUCAAACAUUUGGAAAAAUCGGAGUGCAAUUCUUGCCGCAUACGACAAAAAUAUGGUUUCAUCGAAAAAACUGCGUGGAGCUGAAAGAGAAAACGUAGACGAAGCUUUGCUAAAAUGGUUCACCACUCAGCGGGAUAGAAAUCUUCCUGUGACAGGUCCUAUGCUUCAAAUCAAAGCGAAUGAGUUUGCUGAAAAAUUAGAGGAAAAGGAUUUUGUGUGCUCCAAUGGAUGGCUGGAUAGAUUCAAAAAACGGAAUAAUAUUUCUUCAGGAAGGAUUAUCGGAGAAGAAGCGAGUGUUGAUGCAACGGAUGUGGAAAAGUGGAAAACUGAAGUGUGGCCGAAUAUUAUACAGAAUUAUGAAGAGAAAGACAUUUUUAAUGCUGACGAAGCUGGACUAUUUUACAAAUUGAUUCCCAAUCAGACGUUGAAAUUUAAAGGAGAAAAGUGCACCAGUGGGAAACUUUCUAAAGUGAGAAUAACAGUUAUUGUUUGUGCUAACUUGUACGGCUCGGAAAAGCGAAAACUAACUGUCAUAGGUAAAUCUCAAAAACCAAGGUACUUUAAAAAUGUUAAAAAACUGCCCGUAAACUACAAAGCUAAUCAAAAAGCGUGGAUGACCUCCAUUUUUUUGAAGAACUUCGACAAGUAAAUCGUAAAAUUGUUCUUCUUCUAGACAAUUGCACAGCUCACCCCCAUUUAAAAAGUCUAAAGUAUGUUAAGCUCGUAUUUUUACCACCAAAUACGACUUCUAUGUUGCAACCCAUGGACCAGGGUGUCAUUCGCAGUUUGAAGUCUCACUAUAGGAAACAAUUAGUUAUGCGUAUUUUAGAUAACUAUGAUAAAAACAUGGGCUCAGAAUGUAACAUCUCUCUUCUAGAAGCAAUAGUUUUGCUAGAAAAAUCAUGGAGACAAGUAACAUCAGCUACGAUCCGCAACUGUUUCCGACAUGCAGGUCUUUCAAAAGAUUUAGAAGGAAAAGAUUCCAAUGUGGAGGAGGAGGAAGAAAAUUUACCUAUCUCUCCAUGGCUAAAAAGACAUGGAAUGGACAUUUUCCCUAAGGACGUUAUUGAGCAAUAUGAAUGUUGUGAUGAUGAAGUAUGCACUUCUGGUACUCCUACCAAUGAUGACAUUGUCAGUGAAAUAAAACAAAUGAACGAAGGUAGAGAAGACUUAUUAGAAGAAAAUGUUGAAGAAGAAAAUGAACUUUCAGCU